AUGGCCUCGCUCCUCCGCACCCUCCGCGGCCACGCGGACGAGGUCAGCGGCUGCGCCUUCUCGCCGACCCUGCUCGCCACCUGCUCCGGCGACAAAACCCUGCGCGUGUACGACGCGGCGGACUUCGCGGAGCUCCCGUGUUCCCCCCUCGCGGGCCACGACUACGGCGUGCACUGCUGCUGCUUCAGCGCCUGCGGCCGCUACCUGCUCAGCUGCUCCACGGACGGCUCCGUCGUCGCGUGGCGGCCGCGCUCCGGCGAGGCGGCGGCGGUGCUGCGGCACCCGUCGCGCAGCCCGGUGCGCGCAUGCGCGCUGGCUCCGGACUCCUCGCUGCUGCUGGCCGGGGCCUGCGACGGCACCGUGGCCCUCUGGGACUUCGGCUCCAAGGCUUUACGCAAAUGCAGCGCGGUGAGCGAGGCCAGCGUCGUGGCCUGUUGCUUCUCCCCGUGUGGCCAGAUGUUCGCGACAGGCUGCACGUCUGGAGACCUCAAGCUGUGGGACGCGGACGUCCGGCUCCUCCACGCUGAGAAGGACGCCCACGACCUGGGCGUCGCCUGCUGCAGCGCCGCGCCCGUCUUCAAAAUAGACGGCUGCUGCGUGGAGUUUCGACUGGCCUCCUGUGGACAGGACAGCAGGCUGAAAAUAUGGAUUGUUUCUCAGCGUGAAGGAGCAGCCUGCGCCGUCAAGCUGCUUCACACCCUCACCAGCCAGACGGCUCCAGUUCUGUCCUGUGCCUUCUCCUGCGAUGGAGACCUGGUCGUCUCAGGCUCGGUGGAUAAAAGCGUCGCGGUGUAUGAAGCGGUAAGUGAAGCACCAGAACCAGCUUCUCUCUGUCAGAGCUGCUGUAAACGCACACACGUGCCAAACGUUCCUGACCGGACCCUGUGUUCGCAGAACCUGGGAUCGCUGCUCCACACGCUGAAACAGCACGACAGGUACGUGACGGCCGUGGCCCUCUCCCCCACCGCCCCCUUGAUGGCCGCCGGCUCCAUGGACCGCACGGUGACCGUGUGGAGGAUCGGUGCCGGCGCAGCUGAAGCCGAGCAGACAACGGGCCAAGGAAGGAAGCGGCCGGGUCACUGCAGGCCGCCGCUGCUCGCCGACUGGUCGGAGGAGGACGUGCGGAGCUGGCUGCGCGACGAGGGACUGGGGGAGCUGGUCGGCGCCUUCACAGCCCACGACGUGGACGGGCCGGAGCUGAGCCAGCUGAGCAGGGAGACGGCGGCGGAGCUGGGAAUCGACUCCGUGGGCCUCCGCGGUCGUCUGCUGCGGAGGAUCGAGGCCCUGAAGGCAGAACAGAGCGGCUCCGAGAGCCCAGACGAGUUCCUGUGUCCGAUCAGCCGGGAGCUGAUGAAGGAUCCAGUCAUCGCUGCAGACGGAUACUCGUACGAGCGGGAGUCCAUCGAGAGCUGGAUCCGAGGGAGGAACAAAAGCAGCCCCAUGACGAACCUGCCUCUGCAGACGACCCUCCUGACGCCCAACAGGUCCCUGAAGACGGCCAUAACCCGGUGGAAGUCCAGCCAGUAGAGCUGGAGCGCUGGAGACGAGCAGGCCAGCAUCGGAUACUCUACUGGUGAAAGCUUUUGGACGCCGCUUGGAGACCCCCCGCUGUGCGUAUGCGACAAUAAAGAGCCUCCGAGGACCUUUCUGUGGAUCCAGGAGGCAAGUUGAGCAGAACAGCGCCAAUGGACUUGAUGGUGCCCUUCAUUAUAAAUGUGGAAACUUCCAGCCCGAGGCCUGAAGACCUUUGGGGACACUUGACAAUUAUUGUGGGCCCCAUUCAAAUUUGAUCUGGGUGAGUUUGGUGGCGCUUCACAGACAGGCAUCCAAACGGAAGCCCAGCAGAGAGGCUACUCGUGCUCUGCAUUCCUGGGUUCUGUCGGACGGCGGGUCGACACGUUCUGACCCGGAGCGCUCCUCCACCGCGGAGCAACAGGCGAGGUGUCCGUCAGUGUGUGAGACACUAAUACACGGUGAGGAGGGAAGGUGCCAGCGUGACCCGUGAGCUGCUGCUUCAACACAGAACAGCCUCCAAGUGCAGCGUUUCAUGGGCUGUCACCAAAGGCUACUUAACAUAAUUACUGAACGCGUUGGUAAGUGGUGUUGAGUUAAGUGAGCAGAGCCACAGACCGUGUUGUUUGUUUUUUCCUCUGUGGGUCUUUAUUGGUUUCUCCCGCGGUGGCUAUGGCAGUAAUGUUCUAUUACAGUAUGUGAUCACAGCUAAUAAAGCUCACAAUACUGGAAACAUGGCAACAAUUGCAUUUACCGUACAAACUAGAACAGCACUGAUGCCCCCAGCGCCAUUUGUUUUAUAGUUUCAUCCUCCGUAACAUUAACUGCAAUUGUAGCAUGCACUUGAACGCAACAUCACUGAGAAUCGUAAAAUGUCUUAGUAGCUGUGCAAAAAUAACUAUAUAAAAUAUAUUGCUUUUACAAUUAACCAAGCCGUUGGCGCUGUAAAUAAAUUAAACUAAACUGCAACAACAAGCAGAUACAGAAAGGA